AUGACAACUUUGACGUGUCAAGAAGUAAAUUUCUCUAUAUUUCAGUGUUAAUCUAUGUAUUUGACUGUGUUCGAAGCACGAUAACCUAAAAUUAUACAAGGUCAAGAUCAAUUAUUUAGUGAAAAUUAUCAUAUUUUUUCACGUCCGUCGAUCGCAGGCCGUGAAUUAUUAAUAAGGAUACCGUUAGAUAGAAAUUGUCUCGGUUGUAUUAAAAAAUAAGACGUGAAAAUGUUCAGAACUGUUAAGAAUUUGUCUUGCUCCAAAUUUCGUUAUUUAUUAAGAUUUAAUGAUUUAGGAAGUAAUUGUAUCGAUUCGAAACGUAUAGUUCCGUUUUCAACGAGUAGUCUAGCGUUAAAGGACGAAAAGGUUAAAGUAUGCUUCGUGCUAAACGAUGGGAAGAGGUUGGAAGCAGAGGCGAAGAUCGGUGAUACACUUCUGGACGUGGUCGUGAACAACGAUCUAAAUAUUGAGGGCUACGGGGCCUGUGAGGGUACCCUGACCUGUUCCACUUGCCAUGUGAUACUGAAGCAGGAGGAUUAUGAUAGAUUACCGGAGGAGCCCAGCGACGAGGAACGCGACAUGCUGGACCUGGCAUACGGCCUAACGGAUACGUCGCGGCUCGGUUGCCAGAUCACUCUGACCAAGGACCUGGACGGGCUGGAGAUCAUAGUACCAGAGACUAUCAACGACGCGAGAAGCUGAUGUUCUGUCUAGAUUUAUCGUUAUGAAAUAAUGUAGCCGGCAUCCGACUGUAUAAUUAAUUAGUAUUACGUGAAGAUAUCCAUAAUGUCGAUUCAUAUGAAAAUCUAUUUAAUUAAUUCGACAAUGAUGUUGGGAAAAAUAAGUAAUAAUAUUGACGCCAUUUUGUUGACAGCUACGUUCUCUUUGUUGGAUUGAGUUGGGCAUUAACCCCAAAGCCGAAAUCGAUGGGAAUCCAUUAGAAUAAUAACAUACAAAUUCAGUAAAAAGUCUUUUAAACGUUUUUGCGGUUUAAUCUCAGCUUUAAAUAUUUAUUUUAGUUUUCGAAAUGUUACAAGAAUGGUUCCGAUUUGAUUUCUUGGAUCGCUGUUCCGUUUUAGUGAUUUUUUUGUUCACGCGCCAAGGAUCUAGAUCCAGAGAAAAAUGUAACAAUGAUAUAAUAUAACGACACCAAAAAUCGACAUGGGUAUUUUUGCAAUGAUUUUUGAGUCGCUUCCCUAUCACCAAAGAAAUAGGAACUUUUUUUUGUAUCUAUUCAACUUGCUGUCAUUUUUGAUUUUAUCGAUAUGUUGUACAAUUAGGUAAUAUAUUAAAAUAGUUUUAAGUACACUUUUCAUUGAUAUACAAAAAAAAAAGAACAUAAUUGCAACACCAGUAAUUAAAUACCAGAAAAUUAUCUUCAUUAAUUUAUCUUUAUUCGAAUUUAAUCACAUUUUGAUGAUUCAUUUAAUUAUUUGAAAACGGACAGUUAAUGUGUUAUUUAAUUAUAACAUAAUAAUAAAAAAUAUUAGUAAGAACUCGAAUUGGGUUGCAUCCGGAUACAAUUAUAUUUUUUUCGACAUAAAGGCAAAGGGGUGAAUAUCCAUUAUUCCAAUAUUUCGAAUUGUAAUUAAUGCUGACGUAUUAAAGACAUACAUGCAACUAUUUUAAAAAUAAAAUUACUUAAAAUGGAGCGGGAAGCGUAAAUUGUUUAUACCUAUCAACUCGCUUGGUAAAUGUAGUGUAAUUGCCAAAAAAAACAAGAUAAUUUACUUUAAAAAAUAUAAUAUAGAUAAUAGUAUAAAUGAGAGGAGGCCGCAGGAAAAUGACAAAAGUAUCCAAACGCGAAACCGUAUAAAAACUAUUUCCGUAAAAUGUAGAUUAAAAAUUUAUUAAAUGUUUUUUUGUCUGUACAUAAGAAGCAAAUUUUAAAAUGUAUGUGGGUGCAUAGUUGUUUUUUUUUUUAAUAGCUAUAGUAUAAUGUAACGGGACAUGGUGUUUGUUUUAUAAUUUUAAUGUGAUUAAUGUUAGAUUACAGAGAGAGUGUUAGAUUAGAAUAUCAAUGAUACUUAUACUACCUAUAAAAAUGAAAGAAGGAGUAAAAUUGUAGUUGAACAUUUUAUAACACUGGCAAUACAGAAAUGUAAAUUUUUCAAAAUGGCGUUUUGACAACUUCGAGUUUGAUUAUGAAAGGAAAUUUUAUGAAAUACAUAUUUUGAUUAAAAAACAAGAAUACCAAUAAGUCUUUGAUAAUACCAACGACUUCUUCCACUAAUUUAGGUUAACCAGUAAAAAAAAUUUGAAUGAUAAAAUUGACAUUUGCCUUUUAAAAAAAAAAAACAUUCUUAAUUCCCAUUUUUUAUUGGUAGCACAAACUCGUCAAAGACAAAAAAAACCUCAGUUGUCAAACAGAGAAGACGGUAUCACAUAAUUACUUUAUGUUUGCUCAAUUAAAUAUAUUUGUCAAAACAAACAAAAAAUAGUUAAUUGAUGGUUGACGAUACAGUAAAAGCUCUUUAUUCGUGACGCUUGAAAGGCAAACGUGACUAAGCGACAAUAACUGCUUUGUACAUAAAUGAUAGGCAAUAACCAUAUUCGAUGCGCAAAAAAUAUAUAUUUCUAGGUCUAUUAAAAUCAUUUCAAUCCUACAGCUACUAGCUAGAUUCUACUACAGCUGGAUUCGUUAAAAUAAAGUUUAUUUUCAGGUAUUUCAACUUUAAGUUAGUCUACUGUAAAGUUCACGCAUUGUCGCUUAGUCAAGUUUGCCUUUCAAGCGUCGAUAUGUAUGUUCCGUAAAAAAUAGAUGAAUAAUGAAACAUGUGAUAACAUAAUGGUAAUUUACAUAAAUGGAUUAUAGAGGAUAAGUUUCUAAGUGAAAAAAUAAAAACAUACUUAAGCGUAGUUGUAAUAAGGUCUAUUUUAGUUUAUUAUUAGUCCGCUUGACGACGCGUUCACAAAUGAUAUUACGUUGGAUAUCUAAAUACAUAUUGGAAUCUUUUUUAACAGUAGGUAUGUACCGAUUAGCUCUGUGAACAAAGAAAUCUUAAGCCGCGAAUAUAGGAAUUGGGACGCUUUUGUUUAAUACGCGAAUAGUGAAAACGUGUAAGAAGGAAGCGCGAAUAAGGAGCUUUUACUGUACCUACUUAGUAUUUUUCAAUAAGACGAAAAUAUUUUUGUAUAGUAUCUAAAUGAUCCAGUGCAAUAAUGUUAGAUUUCCUCUCGUUGAAGUAGCAAGGGCGGUGACAAGUUUUUUUUUCGAUAGGCGGCUGUGCGUUUUACGUAGCCGGUAACCCAAGGAUUGGUGUUGCCAUUGCAUUGGUAUUUUACUCGAACGAUAACAUGUCAAAUGAAUGUAUAUUUAAGAUGAUUUGUUGGUUAUAAUAUUGUUGAGAAAUAUAUUUAUAUUUGAUAUUUCGUAAUUUUAAUAAUAAACAGUUGAUAGAAAA